ACAGCGGUCCUCGAGUCAACUUUCAAUCCUCUCUGCCGCUUUGCUUCCCGCUCGCCAUUCUCUUCUCAGAAGAUGGCUGUUUGGAGAAGGGGGAGAAGUUAGGGGGUCGCUGGAGCAGGGCGAAGGAAGACGCAACAAGCCGCAGCAGGAGCUGGUGGAGAUUUCUCCUCUGCCAGCCUCUCUUGGACUGACGUCUGCAGCUGAACAGAGGCUGUGAACCCUCAUCCUAACCCACGGAGAGACCUUAUCCUGAUUCCCAUGAUGAGCUCCCCGGUGCAGCCCGAUGGGGUGGCUGGACGAGAGCAGCUCUUGGCUCAGCAAAGAAUGCACAGUAUGAUCAGCUCAGUGGAUGUGAAGUCAGAGGUUCCUGUGGGCCUGGAGCCCAUCUCACCUUUAGAUCUGAGGACAGACCUCAGGAUGAUGAUGCCUGUAGUGGACCCGGUUGUCCGUGAGAAGCAGCUGCAGCAGGAGUUACUCCUCAUCCAGCAGCAGCAACAAAUUCAGAAGCAGCUCUUGAUUGCCGAAUUUCAGAAACAGCAUGAGAACUUGACACGACAGCACCAGGCUCAGCUUCAAGAACAUAUCAAGGAACUUCUAGCCAUAAAACAGCAGCAAGAACUCCUAGAAAAGGAACAGAAACUGGAGCAGCAGCGGCAAGAACAGGAAGUAGAGAGGCAUCGCAGAGAACAGCAGCUUCCUCCUCUCAGAGGCAAAGAUAGAGGACGAGAAAGGGCAGUGGCAAGUACAGAAGUAAAACAGAAGCUUCAGGAAUUCCUGUUGAGUAAAUCAGCAACGAAAGACACUCCAGCUAAUGGAAAAAAUCAUUCCGUGAGCCGCCAUCCCAAGCUAUGGGCUGCCCACCACACGUCAUUGGAUCAAAGCUCCCCACCUCUGAGUGGAACGUCUCCAUCCUACAAGUACACAUUACCAGGAGCACAAGAUGCAAAGGAUGAUUUCCCUCUUCGGAAAACUGCCUCUGAGCCCAACUUGAAGGUGCGGUCCAGGUUAAAACAGAAAGUGGCAGAAAGGAGAAGCAGCCCCUUACUCAGGCGGAAGGAUGGAAAUGUUGUCACUUCAUUCAAGAAGAGAAUGUUUGAGGUGACAGAAUCUUCAGUCAGUAGCAGUUCUCCAGGAUCUGGUCCCAGUUCACCAAAUAAUGGGCCAACUGGAAAUGUUGCUGAAAAUGAGACUUCAGUUUUGCCACCUACUCCUCAUACUGAGCAGAUGAUUUCACAGCAACGCAUUUUAAUUCAUGAAGAUUCCAUGAACCUGUUAAGUCUUUAUACCUCUCCCUCUUUGCCCAACAUCACUUUGGGACUUCCAGCAGUGUCAUCUCAGCUCAAUGCUUCGAAUUCUCUCAAAGAAAAACAGAAGUGUGAGACGCAGACCCUCAGGCCAGGCGUUCCUCUGCCUGGGCAGUACGGGGGAAGCAUCCCAGCAUCUUCGGGCCACCCCCAUGGCACGCUGGAGGGAAAGCCUAACAGCAGCCACCAGGCUCUCCUGCAGCAUUUAUUACUGAAAGAACAGAUGCGACAGCAAAAGCUUCUCGUGGCUGGUGCCGUUCCCUUACAUCCUCAAUCUCCCUUGGCAACAAAGGAGAGAAUUUCACCUGGCGUUCGAGGUACCCACAAAUUGCCCCGUCACAGACCCCUGAAUCGAACCCAGUCCGCACCUUUGCCUCAGAGUACAUUGGCUCAGUUGGUCAUUCAGCAGCAACACCAGCAAUUCUUGGAGAAGCAGAAGCAAUACCAGCAGCAGAUCCACAUGAACAAACUGCUUUCGAAAUCUAUUGAACAACUGAAGCAACCAGGCAGUCACCUCGAGGAAGCAGAGGAAGAGCUUCAGGGGGACCAGGCGAUGCAGGAAGACAGAGCGCCCUCUAGUGGCAACAGCACUAGGAGCGACAGCAGUGCUUGUGUGGAUGACACACUGGGACAAGUUGGGGCUGUGAAGGUCAAAGAGGAACCAGUGGACAGUGAUGAAGAUGCUCAGAUCCAGGAAAUGGAAUCUGGGGAGCAGGCUGCUUUUAUGCAACAGGUAAUAGGCAAAGAUUUAGCUCCAGGAUUUGUAAUUAAAGUCAUUAUCUGAACAUAAAAUGCAUUGCAGGUUUUGGUAAAUGGAUGUCAUUUCCUAUCAGAUUAUAGCUCUGGAUGAUUUGCUUUUAGUGUUUAAGGCAUCUUAGACAGAUAUAUGUAUACAUCUAUAUAGAGAUCUCUUUAUACAUACAGAUCUCUGCGUAGAUGUCAAGGUUUCAUCGAAACGCGACUGGCAAGCAAAUACUUGUUACACUAAAAUUAUGCGACAUAAGUAUACAAGUGAUGAAUAGGCUUUAUAUUGUUCCAACACCUGUCAUACCAAUUACUUCUAAGGAAAAUGAGCUCACUGUUGGUUUUAGUUUAUUUGUUGAGAUCAGCCACUGCUGGACAUAGUUUCCCAGUCUGAUCAAUGAAGCAUUCUAUUAGUUCUUGAUUUUUUUGGACAUGCCGAGUGCAAUUUUCAUAUCACUGUACAUAUUGUAUCAUAACACAGUCUUGAACACUGUUAAAGGUAGUCUGCCCUUCCUUCCUCUCUCUUUUUUCUUUGGUAGAAAUGUACUGAUUAAAAUGCCAGUAGCCGUAGGUUUGGGUAUAGAUUGCAACUGCAAAUACUAGGAAAAGAGGUGAUUUUAAAUUUCUACAUGCAAAUUGCAGAACUAUUUUAAAUAUUCUAUUAUGUCUCAGGUUGCACUGCUCGUUUUACUUUAAUCUUGUGUUAUUUGAUGACACUGUUUAUUGAAAAAAAAUCAAAUGAAGCAGAUGCAAAUGUUGACAAGAAAUAGUGUACAGUUCUGUGGUCCAAUCAGAUACUAUAGUGUAUCUACAAUUGCAGAAAACAUACUCAAGUAUGAUUAUUUUCUGAUAUUAAGUAAAAAAUCACUUUUAAAGAAGAAGAUCUGUCACAUUUACGAUCAUUAUCACUAGGAUCUCUUAAGUAUAAUUCUGUAAAGACACAGCAUAUAACAUAAUAUUUUGGCAAAUAAAAAAUUAGGGAAGUUAGGUUAAACAAAAGAAUCUACUUGUACAUAAUGCACCUUCAUAAGGACUAUGUCCUUUGAUGUUAUGAAAUUCAAACAACUUUAAAGGCAACUGAAGACAAUGUUUAUUUUAGUCAAUUCUUUGUCAGGUUCCUGCUGUUCUACAGAAAAGUGAUUUUGUGAGGCUAAACAGGAAAUGCCUUGUGGAAACAGGAAGUCCAAAUGAUUCAUGAACUGAGGAAUGUAGGGGAAAAAAAAAGCUGAGGAUAGUGUUUUACUCUUUCUGUUUUUAAAGGGCACUCUAUGAAUUGAUUUAUUGUCUAAGAAAAUAACACCACAAGUAGGGAAAUUGUUAAGGAAGCUUUUCACUGAAACAUUUCCUUCAUAUUCCCUUUUGAUAUUUUUACCUUGUUUUAUAGGUUUACUUUUGUUAAGCUAGUUAAAGGUUCAUUGUAUUAAGACCCCUUUAAUAUGGGUAAUCCAAAUUGACCUAGAAUCUUUGUGAGUUUUUUUCUAUUAAAAUAUUUAUAUUUCUAAAUCUGAGGUAUUUUAAGGUACAGUAUCCUGUUUCAAAGGAGAUAGAGUGGUUUUGCCAAAUGUAGACAUUAUUCAACUGUAUGUUAUUGGCACGUGUUGUUUACAUUUUGCUGCAACUUUAAAAAAUAUUUCUUAAAAAUGUGACUGCUAAAGAUACAUUAUCCUUUUUUAAAAAGACUCCAUUCAAAUUAAGUUAACAUAAUUAGAAGCUUAAAAGUUUAAAACUUUUCCAUAUAAUGAACGUCCUUCUGAUAAUUUGACUAAUAGCUGUAAUAGGCAUCACUCCCUAUCACCAAUAUAUUUUGGUUAAUAUAUUCCUUCAAAUUAAAAUGACUUAUUUGUCAAUUGCAUUAAUAAUAUGGCAUCCCUAAGAUAAAAUUGUAUCUUUUUCCAUAUUAUAAAUAUUCGUUUUUCUUCAGUCUUUUUUCAAUCUCAUAAAAAAGGGAUAGUGCAUCUUUUAAAAUACAUUUUAUUUGGGGAGGAACAUGUGGCUGAGCAGACUUUUGUACAAUAUUACUUAAAAGAUAUGUAAUCACACACAAAACUAUUUUUUAUAAUGUCAUUGGAGAGAGCUUCAUCAGUGGAGUUGGUGGACUUUAAUUGUUGAAUUUGAGUCUUUGACUUUAAAGAAACUACCUGGAACCAGUGGAAAGGAAAGCUGGACUUAAUCUUAGAUCUAAUUGAUAAAUGUCUCUUACUUUUAAAAUCUACUGUAUUUAUUAUAAUUUGCACCCUUGAAGGUGAUCUCUUGUUUUGUGUUGUAAAUAUAUUGUUUGUAUGUUUCCUUUCUUGCCUUCUGUUAUAACAAGUCUCUUCCUUUCUCAAAUAAAGUUUUUUUUAAAAGA